GAAAUAUCGGUGGUAUAAUGCAGCGAACACCCCUCCAAAAUGGAUGUUGAGUGAUGGCAUACAACGCCAGUUUUCCAAUGCGCCCAUAAUUUUGCGGUCCAGAUCGUGAUGAAAGUGGAAGUCGUCCGUGAAGUCAUACUUGCGUGCAUGCACGUACCAAAUAUAGGAUCACUUCCACAAUAAUAUCGAUGUUCACGAUCUUAUAUACUAGCAGAGUCAGGCGAGUGUGGAGAUAAGAAACAUGGACUGUACAUCGGGGUUUCUGUGUGAAUUACGCACUUCCUAAUGCCACUAUCUUCAAUACCACCUGAUCGGCGGACAAAUUCUUUUGUUUGUCUGCAGGAGGAGCUCACUAAUUCCAGAGAACGGUCCCGAUCCCAAACCUAUCCUACACCACAUGAUGUCGUUGGUGUUACGAGACCAACUCGCUUUCGUCGUUCCUCUUUCGCACUGAGUGGGGAGCGCCAAACAGCCCUUGACAAUUUGGUUGACUCAGCUUCACGUGAAGCUACCAUUGCUGCGGCUGCGCAGGAGGCAGCUGCUUUAUCGGCACUCGUAUCUCCGCAUCCUGAAUCUGCUAUGCUGGCUUACGAUGAUGGCUUGGAUUCGAAACGAGUCUCUGUUAGCACUAUUGUAGCUGGCCAGUCUGGUUCAUCCGCCGUGUUCCAUUCAGCUGGCCCAGGUGAUAAAUCUGGCCGCCCGAGUGUACAUUAUCCCCCAGGACGAAAGGUUGCUGUUUGUGAACACCCGAUAGAGAAUGAUGAUUUGUUCCCAUGGCAUGAUUCUGCUUGCCCCAAUUCCAGCCUGUUGAAUUCUGAGGUCAUACAGAAUUACCUGGCUACACUUAUGAUUGACAAUGAUGUAGAAGAAUGUGAGAAGCCUCCUAAACUUUCAACGGUCCCGGUGGCAUGUGAAAAUGUUCCGGGCCUAUUCCGGGAAUCGGUGGCUUCCAUGACAAUGCCCGUUCAUCAAAUUCGACGGGCCCAUUGGAGUGCUGCUAUUCCACGGCGUGUAACUGAGCCACCCCGCUGUAACAGACCAGUAAAGUCAAUGCGUUAUGAUCUACCGCACUUUCCUACGGACUUCACAUCCUCAAGUUGUGCAAGUGAUGCAGAGGGAUGGCCCUCCGUUCGGGGCUAUAUGUCUGAUAAUCCGAUCGAUGAAGCGGACCCACAUGCAAAGCAACUCCGGCUAACGGGACAACGUCUGGAGGCGGACUUUCACCGGACGAAAUCUCUUCCUCGAUCACCAAAAACGAAACGAACAUUACCUAAUAAGUAUGCGAGCAUUGCGGAAGCUCUGGUUGGUUAUGGUAGCGCCCCAACGUCCCACGUAUCGAACUUUGAUCUUUCACAUGUCUACGAUGGUUUGCCAUCACCAAAAGCUGUUCUAUCCACAAACAGCCUCAACUUCGAAACUUUCCGUUCCACGUUAACACCACCAUCUACACCCGCAUCCUCUCGGAGUGCUAGUUCCAUGGACCCCGAUUCUGGUGGAAGCAUGAACAAUAGUUUUGGUCGGAUUAUUUCCUUAUUUGGCCCAUUCAAGCCCAAACCAGCGAACGACAACCCUGAGAGUUAUAUCUAUAUGGACGAGGAAACUUCAGAACGGCGCGCCAGAGCACUGGCUUCAAACCUGAUUUCUCCCGUUUCUUUCUAGUGACGAUCGCCUUCUUUGUUUAUCACGAGUUUGUGAUCGUUAUUUUCUCUCUUUUGAGUUCACUUAGCUGAAUCGCUGUCCUUACUCCGCGCACGUCAUUUUUACACGCGCGUCCACAUUUUUUGUCGGAUAACACUAGCAGCCUCAGGUCACACCACUUGCUUGUAGAUCCAUUUUCCUAUCUACAACUCCUUCCCUACCCCUCUGUAUCUUUCGUCCUUAACUGUAUAAUAUUUCUCCGAUAAGUUUGCGCCAACUUUCGUCAUCCACCGCGGUACUUAUAUGUCAAUUAACGUUAUUUUACUGGUUUUCUGCGUUGUUGUCCUCUUGUCUUGGAAUUUCCGAUGUCCUGUGUUUUCUUCUAUUACCCAACUCCUCUCACUGCAUCUGGGUGUACUGAAGUCGGAUUUCUUCUUUUGUAACGUUUCCCAAGAUAACUGGGUGUUUCCCACCACUCAAACUGAUCUGGACUCUUCUCAAAAUAACCUCAUAGUUAUAACAGAGACAUAAACGAUCUUAUCAUACAAGAAAGUCUUAUGAAAACGAAGGAUGUCUGUUACUGGACCGUUU